AUGUUUACAAACAAAUUGUUAAAUUCAGCACCAGAUUACGUUUUCAGCAGUUGCAGAUUAGAAAAAGUUGAAAUGCUGAAAUCAAAGUUCAGCAGUGGUUUUUGUAACAUCACGGCCAAAGGUAACUACUUGAGUGAAGAUUUGAAGUAUUUUUGCGUUUUAUACGAUAUUAUAAUUUUAGUGCAUUUAUUGGUUAACGAAGAGUUUAAAAUCUGCGGAAAAUUAGUACCGCUAAAAUGCAGUCGCCGGUUUGACAAUCCCUACGUCAACGGACAGAAGUGUCUUAUUGACGUUCGGCGCAAAGUACACCGAUUAGAUACUCAGUAGUGAAUAUUUUCUGUAAAUCGAGUUGCCAUGAAUCGUUUCAUUAUAACAAAUAUCUUCAAGAGAGGGGUGUCAGUUAGCGCUAUUUCGAUGUCUUCCGUAAGAAACAUAUCCGUAAAAGUAAAACAGGGGACGCUAAUCGGGCAGGAAUCCAAUCUGCCGAGUGGAAAUCCCUAUUACAGUUUCAAAGGUGUUCCAUAUGCUGUUCCGCCCAUUGGAGAGCUACGAUUCCAGUCUCCAAAGCCUUUGGAAAAAUUCCCUGAAUCUAUAUUAGAUUGUAGCAAGGAAGGGAACAAGUCGUUCCAUAGAGAUCCAUUCUCUUCAGACAUUGUAGGAUCAGAGGACUGCCUAUUUCUCAAUGUAUACACUCCAAAGCUCAAAUCUGAUCGACCACUCCCCGUAAUGGUAUGGGUACAUGGUGGGGCAUUUCUAAUGGGUAGUGGUGACAGUGACUUUUAUUUGCCAGUUUAUUUACUUGAGGAAGAUGUAGUUGUCGUAACAUUGAAUUAUAGACUUGGGAUGUUUGGAUUUCUUUAUGCCCCAGAUGCAGACGUACCAGGAAAUGCUGGAUUGAAAGAUCAGCUUUUAGCACUCAAAUGGGUUAAAGAAAAUAUUAACCAAUUCAAUGGAGAUCCAAAUAAUGUUACCUUAUUCGGUCAAAGUGCAGGUUCUGCAUCAAUACAUCUUCACUUGUUAUCGCAGAAUUCCAAGAAAUAUUUUCACAAAGUUAUUUGCCAAAGUGGAACGUCGAAUAUGGAGUGGGUUAUGCAAAAUAUCCCCCGCUAUAAAACUCGUCGGCUUGCACAGCUAAUGGGAUUCGAAAGUGAAUCUGAAGCAGACAUUGUAAAAUUCCUCAGGGAAACAAAUGAAACAAUUGAUAUUUUCAAACAUUUAAUCGCCACUUUGACACCAGAUGAACGGCGUCGAGGUUUACCUAUGCCGUUUAAGCCAGUUGUGGAAGCCGAGUCAAGUGAUGCCAUUGUAACGAAACCACCGCUGGAAGCAGCAAAGGAACCUAACGCAAUUGAUAUUCCCGUUAUGAUGGGAUAUACAUCCGAGGAAGGCAUCACUAUGCUUGUUAAUGCCUGCAGAAAACUUGACGAGCUUGACCAGGACUUGGCGCGAAUGAUUCCACGAAGUGUAGACCUAGAUCCAAAUGAUCCUCUUUGUUUGGUCGUUGCUGAUGAAAUGCGAAAAUUUUAUUUUAAUGGCGAAAAAGUCACGAUGAAAAAAGUCAAAGAAUUAUGCAACUUGAUGACGGACUAUCAUUUUGGAAUUGGAAUUCAUGCUGCAGCAGAAAUUCACGCCCGCUAUCAACACAAAUCGCCGCUUUACUUCUAUCGUUUUUCAUAUAGUGGGAAAUUGAAUCUAUUUAAGAAAUGGUUUAAUUUUACCCAGUUGAAAGGAGCAUGUCAUGGAGAUGAACUCUUUUAUUUAUUCAAAACGGGGUUCGAAGAUGCGAUUCCAGAAGAAGAGUCUGCUGAUUUUAAGAUGAUUAAAAACAUGUGUCGCAUGUGGGCGAAUUUCGCGAAAUAUGGCAACCCAACUCCAGAUAGUGAUAGCAAGUUACCUUGUAAAUGGACCCCUGUAAAACCGACCACAAACGGUGAACAAUUCGUGCUAGAUUACCUGGAAAUCGAUCAUACCAUUAAAAUGGAUAAAAACCCUGACGACGAACGCAUUCAGUUCUGGAGGGAGGUGUACCGGAAAUAUAAUAAGCAUUUCCUGCAACCUAAAUUGUAGGGCUGGACCCAUUUAGACGACCGUUUAGAAUUUAAAAUGCGAACUGAUUAUUUUGCAUUUAUACAUCCAAUUUUCAGAAAAGUACUAUUGUUGUAAAUUUUUUAACUCGUCAACCGGACUUAACUUAAUAUGCCAAGGAAACCCUCUUCCACAGUUGAAAUGAAUUUAAUGUGUAAAAAAAAAACACAGAAUAAAAUUCUAAUAGUAAACAGAA